GUGGGAGGCCAGUGGAGGGAUUGGCAGAGAGGGGUGGAGGACACUGAGUGGGAGGCCAGUGUAGGGAUUGGCAGAGAGGGGUGGAGGACACUGAAUAGAGGCCAGUGGAGGGAUUGGCAGAGAGGGGUGGAGGACACUGAGUGGAGGCCAGUGGAGGGAUUGGCAGAGAGGGGUGGAGGACACUGAGUGGAGGCCAGUGG